UUGAGAUGUUAAAAUUAAAUGAAUGAAUAAAUAAAUAAAUAAAGAAAAGCCCAAUAUGAAAAACGUUGGCAAGGGUAUAAUCGGUACAUCAAAGAAACAAAUGAAUCAAACCGAGUUAUCUGCCAGCACUCUAGACUACCUAGUUAAUUUCUUGAGCCCGUUUUAGCCCAAGAACUCAGGCCUAGCGAAGCCAAGCCCAGACUGAGGUCGAACUGUUGACGAAUCUUGUCUGCUUUGUAUUAGCUGGAAGUCAGUAUGCUGCAAAAUCCCAGUAGCAGCUUCAUUGCAUCAUUGAAGGAGCCACCGAUUUCUGUUUCUUUAGAGAAGAUUUGCAAUCAAUCUCCAAAAUUUACGUUUCCUUGCUCAUUUUUCCAUUUCCUUUUGCAAAGGAAUACACACUAGUUCAUGAUAAAUAACUCUUACAAUUGGUUGCAUCAGCGAAUUUAACUAGAUAUGCUUUAUUCUGGUUUAAAUGGGGCAUAAAUCAUACAUCAUUGGCUUCUAUAGAGCCAAAAGUGUACACUAGAUAGGGUUUUAAGGAAACAGGUUCUUGGGUAUGAUCUAUUUUCUUUUGUAAAACAAGUAAUGGAAGGGAAUUUAUCACAAGGAAGUAUGAUUCCUGGGGGGACUCCAUUUGGAGGCCUUGACUUGCAAGGAUCCAUGAGAGUUCAUCAGCAAGCGCAGCACCAGCAUUCUAUACACCAUCAGCCUCAUCCUCUGCAUCGCCAAGGGUCUUCUGUACAUCCUUCAAUUCAUGAGGGUUUUCCCCUCACAGUGGGAACCAUGCACAAUUCUGAUCAAGCCAUUUCCAUGACUGAUUACAAUAAGGGAGAUAAGGGGAAAAAUUCAGCAAGUGAUGAGGAUGAGCCAAGCUAUACUGAAGAUGGUGCUGAUGGUCACGAUGACACAAGCAGAGGGAAAAAGGGAUCACCAUGGCAGCGUGUUAAGUGGACUGAUAAAAUGGUGAGGCUUUUGAUAACUGCUGUGUCUUACAUAGGAGAGGAUGCAACUUCAGAUUGUGGUGGUGGCAUGAGAAGGAAAUUUGCAGUUUUACAGAAAAAGGGCAAGUGGAAAUCAAUUUCAAAGGUCAUGGCUGAAAGGGGUCACCAUGUUUCACCCCAGCAGUGUGAGGAUAAAUUCAAUGACCUUAACAAAAGGUAUAAAAAGCUAAACGAUAUGCUUGGCAGGGGCACUUCAUGCCAAGUUGUGGAGAAUCCAGCGCUACUGGAUGUUAUAGAUUAUUUAACAGAAAAAGAGAAAGAGGAUGUUAUGAAAAUACUAAGCUCGAAGCAUCUAUUUUAUGAAGAGAUGUGUUCAUAUCAUAAUGGAAACAGAUUGCAUCUGCCUCAUGAUCCAGCAUUACAGCGUUCCUUGCAGUUGGCUCUUAGAAGUAAAGAUGAUCAUGAUAGUGAUGAUGUGAGAAAGCAUCAACAUGAUGAUCUUGAUGAAGAUGAUCAAGAAGUGGAAACCGAUGAUCAUGAUGAACUAGAGGAGAAUCAACCUCCACAUGGGGAUAGCAGGGGAAAAACACUGUACAGGGCACUACUUUGACUACUUAUUUUUUAUUGAUAGAUGUGUAAGUCUUCAUUCGUUGUUUAAAAAUUUCUACAUUAUUGGCCUAGCUCAGCCACUGAAUUUGGCAUUUUCGCUAUGCAGGUUGCUCCGGUGCUGUUCUCAAAACUGAAGUAACUGGAAGUCCCUUCGGACAUCUCUCUCAUUCUGUCAGUAUGCUUUACGAACAGCUGGUUUUAGUCCAAUCUUUAGUUGGCUUAUUUGAAGCAGCUUUUGAUUGACUUGGAAUAAAGGAAGAUGUCUUGAAUUUUGAUGUGCAACAUGUUGCAGUUCAUUUCAUAGAAAAGGGAUAAUGUAGAAGAAUGAUCGAUGAUAAACGAUUAACAUUUAAAUAAUGUUUAUGAUUCUUUCCUGUUAUAAUUCA